GUCGUUUGGCUCGCGCCACUCGCGCUGCCAUCACUGAGAGCGUGUGAGUGCUAGAGACCGCCCCAGUAUCCGCCGCUGCAUCCAACUCGCCUUCACACUUGGGCUCAUUCACGCACACUUUUCCCACCGGGAUGGAGCCGCUUCAGCCAGCGCGCAGAGCCGACGCAGCGCACGCACACAUGGCUGCGCGUCUACGGGGAGCCUUGGCCACCUUCAUCUGGAUAAUAACACUAGUUUCGAGUUCGAGGACGAGGAUUUAUCCGCCCAACGAGGUGACCCUGCUGGACACGCGGACAGUGCCAGGCGAGCUGAAAUGGGCAGCCAGUCCCUCAGAGGGAGGGUGGGAGGAAGUGAGCAUUAUGGAUGAGAAGAACAUCCCAAUCAGAACAUACCAGGUGUGUAAUGUUCUAGAACCCAACCAGAACAACUGGCUGAGGACGGACUGGAUCCCUCGUUCCGGGGCUCAGCGGGUCUACGUCGAGGUCAAGUUUACCCUCAGAGACUGUAACAGCCUGCCGGGCGUCACGGGAACCUGCAAGGAGACAUUCAAUCUGUACUACCACGAGUCAAACGAGGACAAAGACAGCUACAUCAAAGAGAGCAGCUUCAUUAAGGUGGACACUGUGGCGGCGGAUGAGAGCUUCACCCAGGUGGACGUUGGAGACCGCAUCAUGAAACUGAACACCGAGGUGCGGGAUGUGAAGGUGACGAAUCGGAAGGGCUUCUACUUGGCCUUUCAGGACGUGGGCGCCUGCAUCGCUUUGGUUUCCGUCCGGGUUUUCUACAAAACGUGCCCGCUCACCAUACGCAACCUGGCCACUUUUCCCGACACCGUCACCGGGGCCGACACCUCGUCGUUAGUGGAGGUCAGGGGGUCGUGUGUCGACCAGUCGGAGGAGAAAGAGGAGCCCAAAAUGUACUGCGGCGCCGACGGAGAGUGGUUGGUCCCCAUCGGUGGAUGCCUGUGCAACCCAGGAUACGAGGAGAGGGGAGCGGCGUGUAAAGCCUGUCCUGCUGGGUUCUACAGGGCUCGGUCCGCAGACGCGGGAUGCUCCAAGUGCCCUCCACACAGCCACUCGCUCCGGGAGGCGGCGACGGCCUGCGACUGCCACCUGGGCUUCUACCGCGCCGACAGCGACCCUGCCUCCAUGGCCUGUACCCAGCCGCCUUCAGCUCCGCAACAGCUCAUCUCAGUUGUGAACGAGACCUCGGUGGUGCUGGAGUGGGCCCCCCCUCGCCGGCUGGGUGGACGCAGUGACAUCAGCUACAGCCUGGAGUGUCUCAUCUGCCAAACAGGCGGCCAGAGCCCGAGCGCUGGCAAAGCCCUCCCCAGGAAUCACAGCGCCUCCCAGCUGGAGGCCCAGCACAUGGGCCUCGGGAUGCAGGCGGACCAGGGGAUUGUGGGUGCUGAGGUCCAGUCGGGAAGAGGCGUCUUCCAGAGCCGACCGGGACACGGGGAUUACCCGCGACCCGGCUCCGGCUCCGCCUCCAGCUCUCAGCUGUGUCUGCCCUGUGGCUCCGACGUGCUCUUCGCCCCCGGCCAGACUGGCCUGACGACCACCAGGGUGGUGGUGAGCGAGCUGCGGGCCCACACGCACUACACCUUCAUCAUCCACGCGCGCAACGGGGUCUCCCAGGCCAGCGGCGCAGGGGCCGCCCAGAGCGUGUCCGUCACCGUCACCACCAACCAAGCGGCUCCUUCCACGGUGUCGACCGUCCAAGCCACCGACGUCACCCGCCACAGCCUGUCGCUGUCGUGGCAACAGCCGGAUCGACCCAACGGGGUCAUCCUGGAGUACGAGGUCAAGUUCUACGAGAAGGAUCAGAGGGAGCGAUCCUACCGCAUAAUGAGGACCUUUUCCCGCGGCGUUGACGUCGCAGGCCUCAACCCGCUCACCGUGUACGUGUUCCACGUGCGCGCCCGCACCGCCGCCGGGUACGGAGACUUCAGCGCUCCCUUCGAGUUCUCCACCAACUCAGAUCCCUUCCCUCUGAUUGGAGAAGGCGUCAACUCGGCCUUCCUGCUACUUUCUAUCAGCGGGGUUGGAGUUUUACUGCUGAUUUCCGCUGCUGUCUUCAUCAUCAGCCGCAGGAGAAGCAAGUACAGUAAAGCGAAGCAGGACUCAGAAGAGGAGAAACAUCUCAACCCAGGAGUCAAAAUCUACGUGGACCCGUUCACCUACGAGGACCCCGACCAGGCCAUCCACGAGUUCGCCAAGGAGAUUGAUGUUAGCAGUAUUCACAUCGAGAGAGUUAUUGGCAUGGGAGAGUUCGGGGAGGUGUGCAGCGGUCGGCUUCGAAUGCAGGGGAAGAGGGAGAUCUACGUGGCCAUCAAGAGCCUGAAGGCCGGAUACUCCGACAAGCAGAGGCGGGACUUCCUGUCCGAAGCCUCCAUCAUGGGGCAGUUCGACCAUCCCAACAUCAUCCGUCUGGAGGGCGUCGUCACCAGAUGUAAACCACUGAUGAUCAUCACAGAAUACAUGGAGAACGGGUCCAUGGAUGCUUUUCUUCGAAAACACGACGGCCAGUUCACGGUGAUCCAGCUGGUGGGCAUGCUGCGAGGCAUCGCCUCGGGCAUGAAGUACCUGUCGGACAUGAGCUACGUUCACCGGGACCUGGCGGCGCGGAACAUCUUGGUCAACAGCAACCUGGUGUGCAAGGUGUCCGACUUCGGCCUAAGCCGGGUUCUGGAGGACGACCCGGAAGCCGCCUACACGACGAGGGAGGCCACUGGGACUUACCUCUCGCCCGGAGGGAAGAUCCCCAUCAGGUGGACGGCCCCGGAGGCCAUCGCCUACAGGAAGUUCACCACGGCCAGCGACGUGUGGAGCUACGGCAUCGUCAUGUGGGAGGUGGUCUCAUACGGAGAGAGGCCCUACUGGGACAUGAACAACCAGGAUGUCAUCAAAGCGAUCGAGGAGGGCUAUCGCCUGCCAGCGCCCAUGGACUGUCCUGUUGUGUUGCAUCAGCUCAUGUUGGACUGCUGGGAGAGGGAGCGAGCGGAGAGGCCCACCUUCAGCCAGAUUCUCAGCAUGCUGGACAAACUCAUCCGUAACCCGGGGACCCUGCGACGGACGGGGGGCGACAGGCCCGCGCCCGCCGUGCUGGAGCCCGGCGUCGGAUCGGACGUGUGCGUGUCGGUGGUGCCGGAGGUGUGCGUGGCCGAGUGGUCGGUGUGCGAGUGGCUGCAGUCGGCCGGGCUGGAGCGGUACAGGGACACGCUGGCAGCGGCGGGCUACACCUCCCUGGAGAGCCUCCUGGCUCUCACACACCAGGAGAUGGACAGACUGGGAAUAAUCACGCCGUCACACCAGGACAUGCUAAUUGCCAGUGUGCAGCAGGAAAUGUUGUCUCAGAUGCAGCACAUGCAACACACCAUGGUCCCAGUCUGAACGGAUACAAGCCGGUCCUGGGAAGGAUUUCAUUUACCUCAUCCAUGCACUUUAGAGGGACUUUCACCUGCGGGAAUACGACAAGUGGAAUGAAGUAAAAAAUAAAAAAUAAAAAGACGACGCUAGAAGAGAGAGCGAGAUGGAAAAGCAGCACUUUUGUGAACUUCCUGUGGAGAUUCCUAGAAACACGUGAUGUGGAUGUGGCCCCUGGGAGCACAGACUGAAGCCUCAUCCUCUUAUCCUGGUUUUAAUUAUUUUAUGAUCUGUUUUGUGAAGGCUGACAUGUAAAGCUGUGCAUAAGCAGAAUGGCUUCCAACUGUUUUUUUUAUUAUUUGGCUGCUUUGGGCUCAACUUGAAUAAACUGCCUUUUGUGUUUGCUCACGUGUCUGCACGUGUGUGUGUGUGUGUGUGUGUGUGUGUGUGUGUGUGUGUGUGUGUGUGUGUGUGUGUGUGUGUGUGUGUGUGUGUGUGUGUGUGCGCGCGCAUCACACGAAAUCUCCCGGUCCAAGACGUCAGAGACCUUUUGAAUAUUCUGAAUAUGCAAUGUUUCCCCAAACGCAGCGGGAGGAGCAGGACAGAAUGUAUCACUACAAGCUCUUAUUGGUUUCAUACUGGAAGAUCAAACUGUACUAACAAAGUGUACGACUCGUGUUUUUCUCUUGGUUUUGUAUGUAUUAUUACGUUCUUUUAAAUUAGAGGUUUAGAUUAGAAUCGUCCAUCUGUGUCUGUGUCUGUGUCUGGAAUUUGAUGCUAAGAAUUAGCCACAUAGAGCUUGUUUGUUUAUUUAUGGCCUUUUUUUUAUCUAGUUUGUACAUUGUAAAAUAGAAACACUGAUGACACAUUGUAUUGCAAUAAAUGCCAAAAACCAUCA